GAAUAAUUCAUCCCUCGACUGGUUGAAAAUGAAGAAAGCAGCGCUGAUGGUUUGGAUCAGCCUGUUGGUACAAGUGUCCCACGGUGCUCAGGGUCAUUACGCCCGAAAACUUCUGAAUGACCUAAUGGAGGACUACUCCAACGCUCUGAGGCCAGUGGACGACACAGACAAAGCCCUCAAUGUCUCCCUGCAGAUCACCCUAUCACAGAUCAAAGAUAUGGAUGAGAAGAACCAGGUGCUAACCACAUACCUGUGGAUCAGGCAGGUCUGGCAUGAUCCCUACCUGAAGUGGGACAAGGAUGACUAUGACGGCCUUGAGAUGAUCAACAUCCCCAGUGACCUGGUCUGGAAGCCGGACAUUGUCCUCUACAACAAGGCAGAUGAUGAUUCUUCAGAAUCAUCCAGCACGAAUGUGAAGCUGCGUUAUAACGGAGAGAUCACCUGGGACUCUCCAGCAAUCACAAAGAGCACAUGUGUAGUGAACGUCGCCUACUUCCCCUUCGACACGCAGCAUUGCAAACUCACCUUCGGCUCCUGGACUUAUAAUGGAAACCAGGUGGACAUCAGUUUGGCGAUGGACAGCGGUGACGUGUCUGACUUUGUGCCGAACGUGGAGUGGGAGUUACACGGCAUGCCGGCAGUUAGAAACGUCAAGUUGUACGGUUGCUGCUCCGACCCUUACACAGAAAUCACCUACACUCUGCAUCUGAAGCGCCGCUCCUCUUUCUACAUUUUCAACUUGCUCCUGCCCUGCUUCCUCAUCUCGUUCCUGGCCCCACUGGGCUUCUACCUGCCGGCUGACUCGGGGGAGAAGGUUUCCCUCGGGGUCACGGUGCUGCUGGCGCUCACUGUGUUCCAGUUGUUGGUGGCUGAGAGCAUGCCUCCUGCAGAGAGCAUGCCCUACAUAGGGAAGUACUACAUAGCCACCAUGACUAUGAUCACAGCCUCGACCUCUCUCACUAUCUUCAUCAUGAACAUUCAUUUCUGUGGUGCUGAAGCCAAGCCGGUCCCUCACUGGGCUAAGGUGCUCAUCAUAGACUACAUGUCCAAAAUCUUCUUUGUCUACGAGGUAGGGGAGAACUGCACUACUCCGGAGAGUGAGAGGACCCCGCUGUACCCCGAGGAACCUGCGAAUGAUAAGGGCAGCUACUUCGACGACUAUCAUCAUGACAGCGACCCGUACAAGUACAGCAACGGUCACAGCGUGCAUCAUCACAACAAGCAUCACAAAGGCCAGGCGAACGGCAACGCCAACAACAGCCGUAACCAUUACAACAACCAUAAUAACCACGCCUCCAGGCUGGAGAGGGGCGAGGGGAAGCGAGAGCCCACACAGAGAUAUCAUCACAUCAGGAGGGACGGACUAGACUACCAGGCCCCUUCUCAUCCACAAAACCUCCAGCACCUGAACGGAGGGCUGAAGGAGCAGCUCCUCUUUCCAACAGAGAAACUUCAGGUCCCAGCCUGCCCCUGCUGCUGCCCCUGCCUCCAACACAAACAGGUGGUGAAGAACAUCCAGUACAUCACCAACUGCUUCCGCGAGCAGAGAGCCACUUGUGUCAAGGUCGCAGAGUGGAAGAAGGUGGCCAAGGUGAUGGAUAGGUUCUUCAUGUGGAUCUUCUUCAUCAUGGUGUUCCUUAUGAGCAUCCUCAUCAUCGCCAAGGCGUCCUGA